AUGUUAAGCUCAUCUACAACACCACCAAAAAAAGGAAACAGAAAUUUAAACAAGAAAAAUCUCAAGCACUCGUUAAGAUUCGUGUUUUUUCUUUCAGUGUUUGCAGCAGUAUCUUAUAGAAUCUCUUCCACAGUCACUGUUUCUUCUUUUUCUUCUUCAUUUUCUUCUUCCAUGUAUCCACUUCCACCAAAGUAUAAUCGCACUCAGAAGCGUUUGCAGAUAGUUUUUCGAGCUAUAUACUUUGCAGUUUCCUUGUCUAAGAAAGCAGUUAAUACCAAUGCCUUGCUGUUUCCUUCAGUUUUGCAUCACAAUCCCUCCUACGUUGCCAUUGAUGUACAACCCUCCAAAAAUGAUCGCCUCGAAAGAUCUUUUAUGGAAAUUGAUAGGAAGGCACUUGCUGACUUGGUAAGAGAAAAAAAUAGCGAUAGGCUGCACACUUAUGGAGGUGCAAAAGAAUUAGCAGCCAUUCUUCAAACAGAUCCAGAAGCUGGUAUCAGCAGUGCAGAGGGUAGCAUAAAGCAAAGAAUCGAUGCAUUUGGAUCCAACACAUACAGAAAGCCCCCUGCUAAAAGUUUACUGAGGUUUCUUCUCGAAGCAUCCAAAGAUUCCAUGAUCAUCAUUCUUCUGGUUUGUGCGGUUUUGUCACUCUGUUUUGGAAUCAAACAGAAUGGCCUGAAGGAAGGAUGGUAUGAUGGAGCAAGCAUAAUUGUGGCUGUAAUACUAGUUCUUGGAGUCUCUGCCAUCAGCAACUUCAAACAAAGUAAGCAAUUUGAGAAGCUUUCCAAUGAGAGCAAUAAUAUAAGAAUUGUCGUAGUCAGAGAUGGGCGGAGACAGCAAAUGUCCAUAUUCAAAAUCGUUGUAGGCGAUAUUGUAUGUCUAAAAAUCGGCGAUCAAAUUCCAGCAGAUGGGUUAUUCCUGGAUGGCAGGCAAUCCAUUCCUGCUAUCGGGUACAAAGGUCACAGAUGGCUAUGGUCGCAUGCUCGUUACAUCUCCGGUAUUGGGAAGGUCGGUUUGUUGGUCGCUUUCCUUGUUUUAGUCGUGUUGUUGAUACGUUACUUCACCGGACAAACCAAAGAUGAAAGAGGGCAAAGGGAGUUCAAAGCCAGACAGACGAGUACUGGCGAUAUCAUGAAUUCCAUCAUCCGGAUCAUUGCUGCAGCAGUUACUAUCCUUGUAGUGGCUAUUCCAGAGGGUUUGCCUUUGGCUGUAACACUAACCCUGGCAUACUCAAUGAAACAAAUGGUGAUGGACCAUGCCAUGGUGAGAAAAUUAUCAGCCUGUGAGACUAUGGGAUCGGCUACUACCAUCUGCACUGAUAAAACCGGCACCCUGACUUUAAAUCAGAUGCAAGUCACUGAAUUUUGGUUAGGCAAUGAGCCGAUGAAGGGAAAGACACCAACAGACAUAGCACCUGAUGUUGGUCAACUGCUGCAAGAAAGUAUUGGCUUAAACAGUACUGGUGAGAUUUAUACUUCACCUUCUUCACCAAAUCCAGAGAUUACUGGUAACCCAACAGAGUCAGCCAUCCUUAAUUGGGCUGUAUUUGAUAUGAAAAUGGAUAUCAACACAACAAAGCAAGAGUAUGAAAAGCUCCAUGUUGAAGUUUUCAAUUCAGAGAAGAAAAGAAGUGGGGUUUUAGUGAGGAAAAAUCAUUCGGAGACAGUUCGUGUGCAUUGGAAAGGAGCAGCUGAAAUGAUUCUGGCCAGGUGUUCAAACUACUACAUGGAAAAUGGUACAGUUAAGGCCAUAGAUGAUGAAGAGAGAAAACAGCUUGAAAUAAUAAUUGAAAAGAUGGCAGGUAAGAGUCUUCGCUGCAUUGCUUUUGCUUUCAAAAGCAUUGCAGGACAUGGUGUCAUUUGCGAGAAUCUUCCAGACACUCAAUUAACAUUACUGGGGUUGGUGGGUUUAAAGGAUCCAUGCAGGCCAGAGGUUAAAGCAGCAGUAAAAUCGUGCAGAAAAGCUGGAGUGAACAUAAAAGUAAUCACUGGAGACAACAUGUUUACAGCAAAAUCAAUAGCCAUAGAGUGCGGAAUUUUAAAUGGUAAUGAGGACUUGGAAGAUACAGCUGUUGAAGGAAUAACUUUCAGAAAUUAUUCACCUGAAGAAAGAAUGGCAAAAAUUGAUCGGAUCCUUCUUAUGGCAAGAUCAUCUCCUUUUGACAAGCUAUUGAUGGUACAGAGUUUAAAGCAGAAAGGUCAUGUGGUAGCAGUAACUGGUGAUGGCACAAAUGAUGCACCUGCUUUGAAAGAAGCAGAUGUUGGCCUUUCAAUGGGCAUCCAGGGGACAGAAGUUGCCAAGGAAAGCUCAGACGUUGUCAUCCUGGAUGACAAUUUCAAUACCGUUGUUAUGGUAUUAAGGUGGGGCAGAUGCGUAUACAGAAAUAUUCAAAAGUUCAUCCAGUUUCAACUCACAGUCAAUAUCACAGCCCUAUGCAUCAAUUUUAUUGCUGCAGUAUCUGCCGGCGAAGUUCCUCUCACGGCAGUCCAGCUUCUUUGGGUGAACCUGAUCAUGGAUACAUUGGGUGCCUUGGCCUUGGCAACUGAACAGCCAAACAAUGAUCUAAUGGAAUGCAGACCUGUUGGUCGCAGAGAACCUCUUAUAACCAAAAUCAUGUGGCGAAAUCUCAUUGCUCAGGCUUUAUAUCAGGUAACUAUCAUACUGAUCCUUGAAUUCAAAGGAAGCUCUAUCUUCCAUGUGAACGAAAAGGUUGAGCACACCAUUAUUUUCAAUAGUUUUGUCCUCUGUCAAGUUUUUAAUGAGUUCAACGCAAGAGAGCUUGAGAAGAAAAAUGUAUUCAGGGGAGUACUAAAGAACAAACUGUUUCUAAGCAUCAUAGGGAUGACAGUAGCUCUUCAAGUGGUUAUGGUAGAGUUCUUGAAGAGAUUUGCCACUACAGAAAGGCUGAACUGGGUACAAUGGGUUUCAUGCAUUGGAAUUGCUGCACUGUCAUGGCCAAUUGGUUGGUUUGUCAAAUGCAUCCCUUCUGAACGGCUCCCUUCUCUUCCAUUUAGAACUACAUUUUAAGAAGUGGAAUCUUAGAUCAACUGGGUGGAGGGAGGUCAAUCUUUAUACGUACAUGUCAUGCCAGAGACCACAAGCAUCAAGAAAGUUAAAACAGAAAUUAUUAAUCAAAUGAGGCCCUGAAGUAUUAAGUUUCAAAUGUCAGCCUUUCAGAAAGCAUGAAAUAGGUCUACAAGUAUGCAAUUAAAAGUUAUCAAUGUACUUCAGUUUUUACAGAUAAUUUUAUUUUCCUUUUCGCUCCUCUUUGUUAUCAUUAAAAGAUGUGUUUUUGCAAGUUUCACCAAAAUACACAUCAAGUAUU